UGAACACUCGGUCCCAUCUGCUGCACAAUGUGUGUGAUAUUCUUCACUUUGGGACAUCCAAAGUACAAGCUCAUAAUAGCAGGCAACCGAGACGAGUUUAUUGACCGUGUAGCCCAACGUGCGCACUUCUGGUCCGAAAUAGGCGCGCCCAAUGUCCUCGCCGGAACCGAUCAAGGCAAAAUCCAUGUGGGAGUUCCAUUGGUUCAAUCACCUGACCCUGAUGCAGACAAAGUGGGAAAGGUACUAGAGUAUUCAGGUGCCAAAUACGAAAGGGAAACCAUUACGAAAGCGACUCCCCAAGUUGCCGCGGAGACGUCGGGCGUUGAUCAAUCGGAUGAAACGAAUAUAAAUAGUAGUUCUGAAGCGCUACCACUUUCCUCCCCAGACCCAUCUAGCGCUCCGCUUCAAACACAUGGCACCUGGAUGGGUAUAAACAAAGCCACUGGACAUCUUGGAUUCAUUACAAAUUUUCGGGAACACCCUUCGCUAGUUAAUCCAACUGCUCUAACCAGAGGUUAUCUCGUUCGCGAUUUCCUUCUUUCAUGCGCGGAUCCACAGACGUAUGCGGAAACAGUAGCCUCACAGCAAUAUCGAUACAAUGGCUUCAAUCUCGUUCUUGGCGCCGUCAAUCCAGGAGGGAAUGAAGAUGUGGUCGGGUGGUAUUGUGGAAAUAGGGGUCCUGUGCGGGAUGAACCUCCCACAUUGUUGAAAAAGGGUGUUAUAUACGGCAUGUCAAACGGUGUGUUGAUGGAAAAACGAUCAGAUUGGCCAAAAGUUGAGAGGGGGAAAGAGUUACUUGAGCAUCUGCUGUCAAAUCCGCCGGAUGACCACGAAACUCUGAUAAACAGUCUUCUUGAUGUGCUCCGAGAUAAAACCACCUACCCCGACUCUGACCUCCCUUCUAACAUGUUCAACUACGAUUUAGAAAGAUCACUAUGUCCCAUUUGUAUUGACAGACACCGGGCGAAAGGGGGGUAUGGAACACGCACACAUACCGUGCUGCUGGUGGAUAACGAAAAUCGAGGGCGUUUUGUAGAAGUAGAUAGGUAUCGGCUAGUUGAUGGAUCAUCGGGUAAAAAGGAGGUGGAAGAAAAAGAUGAUAGGGUUGAUUUUAGCUUCAUACUUGGCUCUUAGUGCUAUGGACUCAUGUCUAGGUGGAGAUAGUUUUGCUAUCUGACUUUUUUCUUGCGUAAGGGUCUCUAUUAAUUUAAUCAAUAACUCCCUAUUUUCUUGUCCCA